UCCCCCUCCUCCACUCGCCUGUGUGUGUCUGUCUGUCCAUCCAUCCAUCCAUCCCGCUGCCAGUCCUCGCGCCGGCCACCCCGAAAUAAUCGGAAAUUGCAACCCGGUCCACGGGUCGGAUCCCCCAAACCGACGAACCCUCCCGAGCUCGCCCGGCGAUGGGGAUCUCGAGCAUGCCGGAGCCGCGGGACAGCCUGCUGGGGUACCUGGUGUACAACGCGGUGGUGUCGAUCGCGGCGCUGGCGGGGCUGGUGCGGGCGGCGCUGGUGUUCCUGGACCUGCAGGCCGCGCAGCUGCCCGGGGGCGCGGGCGCGGGCGCGGACGACGACCGUCUCGCGGCGUCGGGCCCGGGCCUGGGCCUGGCGGAGCGGUUCCUGAGGGCCUUCCGGCCGGCGCUGUACGGGGUGCUGGUGUCCACGGCGUGCGGCGCGGCGGAGGCGGCCGCGGGCGACGACGACUGCAGCGUGUGCCUGGCCGGGUUCGAGGCGGAGGCCGUGGUGAACCGGCUCCCCUGCGGCCACCUCUUCCACCGCGCCUGCCUCGAGACCUGGCUCCGGUACGAGCGCGCCACGUGCCCGCUCUGCCGCGCCCACGUGCCCCUCCCCGCCGACGAGACGCCGGUGCUCCGCUACCCGGAGCUCGAGUGAUCCGGGCCUCGGCGGCCGUCGCGCGCCUCGGCUGUGUGCUGCAAGCUCCGUGUGGCCUUCCGUGUGCGCGUAGCAAAAGGAAAAAAGGAGUAUAGGAGCGGUAGUAGUAGAGUUGCUGUUGCUUUCCCUUUCUCGUUUUGUGUUUUGCGGUUGCCCUGCCCCCAUGCUCUUGUUGUUUCCGCGCUGUCGCUGUAGCGUGUAAAUACUCCGGUUCGCCCUUGGCAGCAGAGAGUAGUAGAGUGCUCCCGUGGCUGGGCCGAUGGUGUAGCACCUUUUACGAGCUCAGCUCGUGUGUGUACAUUUGCAUGCUUUCAAUUCAGUUUCCCGAGCCAAAAUAUCGAGGACAA